CUGAAAGAAGUGUUUUUGAUUAAUUUCCCUGGCAAAGACUUGGGGGUUUCUCUCCAUUCCAACCCAACUCCAGAGGGCCUGGAACCAGUAAAUAUUCAGUGACCAAGUCCACUUCAAUCACGGCCGACCCAAGGCCGUGGCUGAAGAGUGUUCAACGACCUCCUGUUUAGGUCAGGCAGAGGGGAAGGCCGGAUAAUGUUCCCUGAGCUGUCCCUCAGGCUCCCCACAUCAGUGGUGGGGUCUCAGGAAGAAACUCCGCUCAGACCUAGUGCGGAGUCCUACGGAAUCCACUUUCCUCCGGAAGCAGCACGCGGCAGUAGCCGUCUCUAAAGCCAAGACCACUGAAGACAGCCCCAAACGCCAGGAGACCGGAAGCGCGGGGGCGGGUCGUCGUCGCUCCCGGGCUCCGCCCACCAGACACGCCCAGGGGCGGGGCGCGCAGGAAAGCCGCCGGCCCGCGACGCCAUGGCGGUGCUUCGCUGCCUCGGAGUGUUGAGGCCGUCUCUUCACAUUGUUACAAAUAGAUUGUGGAAAACAUUGCCUGUGGUGACCCUGAACUUGCGCCUUUAUGAGACUCAGCAGGAUGAGAAGUCCAAACCCAUCAGCCGUUACCCCAUUCCCUACAAGAAGGACUUGCCUUUUGAUAUUUUAGAGCUCAUGGAGGAGAUCGAAAGGAAGACAGGAUUUUUACCAAAUAUAUUUAAAGUGUUGUCUUACCGGCCAUUGGAAUUCAGAGCCUUCUUUGCUUAUUAUAAUGUCAUCUGCAACAAAGAAACAGGCCAACUCAGCAGAGCUGACAAGGAACUCAUCAUUGUGGUGACCAGCCUAGCCAACAGGUGCCCAUACAAUGUGGCUGCCCAUAGUGCCCGGUACAGGGUCUACUCGAAGAACCCAGUGCUCUCUGACCAGGUCUCUGUGAACUGGAGAAAGUCUGACCUCCCUGCUCGGGAAAAAGCGAUGCUGGAGUUUGCACUUGCCAUUUCCCAAGCAGAUGACAUAACAGAUGACCAUUUCAAAAAACUUGAAGUGCAUGGCUUCAGUCAAGAAGACGCCUGGGACAUAGCUGCAAUUUCAGCUUUUUAUGCCAUGUCCAACCGCCUUGCUAAUUUUGUCAAUCUUGUUCCUAACAAAGAAUUCUAUUUCAUAGGCAGAACCAGUGAUGUUAAAGACAUCAAGAGUGAGCUUGCUCCUCCCAAAGCAUGAAAGUGGGACGAGUGUUUAACAUCUUAGUCAUUUUGCAUUGUAAGACAGCAGUUGGGAAGUAAUUAAAAAAAAAAGUCAAUGGAUAGAGAAGUGAAUAAAUGUUGUUCUUUGCCUGCUUGAUAAGGUGAAUCCUAAAUGUUGUGGAUAUCCAGGGACAUGUGAUACUAAGGCAUAGAGGACACAUUUUUUAAAAACUGCUAAUUGUUGACUUUUAUUGUGAUCUAAAAGGACCACCAGGGGCAAAGGAGUUUAAAGAAAGCUUUAGGUAUUUCUGAUAAUGUGACAUUCAGCUGGAUUUAAGCAACUGAAGUUGAAAGUUUUCAAAAAUGACGUUACACUGAAAUCAGCCUAUCUAGUCUGUGAUUUGAAAUCAAUUCCUUAUUAACGUGGUUAAAUUUAAAAACUUUUAAAGGCACUGAGUAAAUAGGCACAGGUGAAGUUUAGUUCUGUCUUAGUGUUUCCUCAGGUAACUUCAAGUGAUUUUUUUUUUUUUACUGGUAGGUUGUAAAAAUCAUUGUAAUUUCAACAGAAUUCUAGUCCUAUAUAAUUCUUAUUUUGGGUCUCAGUAAAUCAUUUGGGAUACAUUAGCACUUACACCUUAAGUAGGAAUAUUCAGAAAAAAAUUGGCAUUACCAAAUGAACUAUGUAUUACAACCAUCAUUGCCUUUAGUUUGUGGCCAUAUUAACUUUUCAAGAAUCAUUCUCAUUAUUUAACUGAUAGAGUUACAUGCAAACCUAAAAAUAUUUUUGUUCCCUCUUAGUUUCUCUGGAUUCUACAAGUUGUCUGUCAACAGUUCUUAAUCAACUUUGGGCUAUAGCACACUGAUUUUGAAAUCUGAGUAUCUUGAGCUUGUGUUUUUCUGUUCGAGCUGUACUUUCAAUACCUUGGAGUAUAUAAUCUUUUAAAACUGAGCUUGAUUUUACUUAUUUAAAAAGGUAAUGACAUUUGUAAAUAUCAUGGUCAAGAUUUUACAGGACAUGCAAUUUUGGCCAUAGCCUGGGGUGUGUGGGAGGAGAAUAAACAGAGGGCCUGUACUAAGUGUCUGUUGCAACCAGAAGUUGUGGCACGUAAGGGACAUUAUUUGUUGGUCAUAAAACAGAUCUCUACCCCUGUGCUCUGUGGGAGCAACGUGGGUGGAGGGCAUCCCAAGAAUGCUUUCCUUGGUGCAACUCCGGACGCCUGCCUCGUGUCCCCUCCUCAGUCAGCUCAUGGCCGGGGGAGCGUGAACUACUAACUUUCCUGGCGGGAGGCCCUACUGGUGUUCCUCCGGAUCUACCUCAGCCUGCAGGUGAGCCUUCUGUGCCACACGGCUCUUGACCAAGGCCUACGACAGCUGCUUGUUCUGUCUGCUCUCCUGAGGCCUACUUCCUUUCCCAAAGAAACCGCCCCCACCCCUUCCCCUUAACUCUUCUUUGUGUGUUUGCGCUCAGCAGCAACCGUAAAGAGCCUCCCUCCGUCAUGGCCUCCAUGCCCGCCUGGCAGAUCCGGAAGCAGGACUGACCCUGGUUUUGUUGCUUAAGGGGUUGAUCUGAUUGAGGUCUGCAGCUCCCCUCGGUUACUCUUGGCUGGAUUGUGAUCCUGUAGAGAGGAAGGCUCUGUCAGUCUUAGAGCUGGGUAGA